AUGGCCGGACCACAGGGUAGAAGUAAACCUUUCAGAGGUAAGAAACCAAUAAAGGAUCUCCGUGAAUUUAAGUCCAGAGAAAUUAAGAAAUCAUUGGUUCAUAGAGCUAGACUUAGAAAGAACUAUUUCAAGUUAUUGGAGAAGGAAGGAGAAUCGACUCCAAAUGAUUUGGUUGAAGAAAGAAGGCAAAAGAAGCCAACUAAUUUCGCUGAAAGAUCAAAAUUGGCUAAGCAAAAAAAGGAAGAAAGAAGAUUAAAGAAAAUAGAAGAAGUUAGAGCACGUCGUCAAAUUUUAGAGAAACAAACUCGAGACCGAGAAAAGAGGAAAGAAAGUUUAAGUAAAAGAACCAGAUCAGGACAACCUUUAAUGGGCCCAAGAAUCAAUAAUCUAUUGGAUAAGAUCAAAGAAGAUAUGAAGUAA